AUGGCAACCCCAGAUUCAUACAGGUCAAUUUGUGAAAAAUUCAAUGUAGGGAGGGCAACUGCGUUGAAAUGUGUGAGAAGAGUGGUUAAUGCUUUAGAAAUUCUAGCACCGGCUUUUAUUGCUUGGCCUAAUGAGGAAAGAUCAAUGGUCAUUAGAAAUGGAUUUUUUGCCACCAGUAACUUUCCUAAUGUCAUCGGUGCAAUAGAUGGAACCCAUAUUAAUAUUCCUGCACCUCAUGAUCAUCCAGAGUCUUACGUGAACAGGAAAGGUCACCAUUCGAUUCAACUUCAAGCCGUUUGUGACCAUCAGUGUAAAUUUAUUCACUGUUAUGCUGGAAACGUUGGAUCAGUUCAUGACCAACGAGUGUUUCGCUUAUCUUAUUUAAACGAAGACAUUCACAACCCUAGCAAAUUUUUAAACAAAUCUCAUAUUAUUGGUGAUGCAGCUUACACAUUGCAAGAACACUUAUUAGUACCUUACCGUGACAAUGGGCAUCUCACCGAAAAACAGAAAAACUUCAAUUUUUGUCAUUCAUCAGCAAAAAUGGCAAUUGAAAGGUCUUUUGGAUUGCUUAAAGGGCGUUUUCGCAGUCUCCUCACCACACUUGCUAUGGAGCGUGUGGAUCUCAUUCCAAAAUACAUUAUAGCAUGCUGUGUAUUACACAAUAUAUGUUUAUUGAAGAAUGAUGAUUUUCCAAGUACAGUUGAGUUAUUACCAGAAGCCGUACAAUAUCAUGAUCAAGUAGGAGGCAAUGUUGCUGUAAACCGACUAGGUGUAAUUAAGAGAUAUGACAUUUGUGAGUACACAACAUAUUAUUAA